AAGUAGCGCCUCUUGUGGCUUGACUUUUUGGACUUUCGGAGCCCGUCCGUUUGAACAACCAAUGAGGUAAUCCCGUUAGCAUCCGGAAAGAACGCACUGACUAAAGUGGGUCAACAUCCAACCCACCUUUUGUAACGAUUUCUCAAGCUCCGGAAGCUCCAUCAAAUAAUCUACGUCGAACGAAACGAACAGAGAGCUAAAAAGACGACGACACGAACCCGAACCCGGGCUCGACGCAAAUACACAGAAAAUGGAGAACGCGCUAGGACGAGUGUAUCGGUAUGCGAUCCCCGCGGUCGGCGUGGCGACGCUGGUCCAGGCCUCGCUCUACGACGUGCGCGGCGGCACGCGGGCCGUCAUCUUCGAUCGUCUGCAGGGAGUCAAGGAGAACGUCGUCAACGAGGGCACCCACUUCCUGAUCCCCUGGCUGCAGCGCAGCAUCAUCUUCGACGUCCGCACCAAGCCCCGCAACAUCGCCACCACCACCGGCAGCAAGGACUUGCAGAUGGUCAGCUUGACGCUAAGAGUGCUACAUAGGCCUGAGGUCAAGGCCUUGCCUAAGAUAUACCAGAACCUCGGCACAGACUACGACGAGCGAGUGCUCCCGUCCAUCGGCAACGAAGUGCUGAAGUCUAUCGUCGCGCAGUUCGACGCCGCCGAGCUGAUCACGCAGCGCGAGGCCGUCUCGCAGCGCAUCCGCGCCGACCUGAUGAAGCGGGCCUCCGAGUUCAACAUCGCGCUCGAGGACGUCUCCAUCACGCACAUGACCUUCGGCAAGGAGUUCACCAAGGCCGUCGAGCAGAAGCAGAUCGCCCAGCAGGACGCCGAGCGCGCCCGCUUCAUCGUCGAGAAGGCCGAGCAGGAGCGCCAGGCCAACGUCAUCCGCGCCGAGGGCGAGGCCGAGAGCGCCGACACCAUCUCCAAGGCCAUCGCCAAGUUCGGAGACGGCCUCAUCAUGAUCCGAAAGAUCGAGGCCAGCCGCGAGAUCGCCCAGACGCUAGCCUCGAAUCCGAACGUCUCGUACAUACCGGGCGGGAAGCAAGGAGGAAGCGGUGGGAGUCAGUUCUUGCUGAACGUGGGCAGGACGUAAAGGGGCUGAUGGACUACAAUGAAAAAAAAAAAAGGAGAAAGGGUGUCCAAAAAGGGCGUAUGUAUACUAACGAUUUGCUGCCCGGUUCUCCACUUCGGGUUAUGAAUAAUAUGUCACUACUAGUAAAAUCUCAU